GCCUCCGCCGCCAUGUUGUGGGGCUGACGCCGCCGCCGCGGGAGGAGGAGGAGGCGGCAGCAGCCCGUGCGGAGCAGGCGCUCACGGGCAGCGCAACAGAUGGCUAAGAGCUAGCAAGGAAUAUUCAAGACCAUGAUGGCUCAGUUUCCCACAGCCGUGAAUGGAGGCCCAAACAUAUGGGCCAUCACCUCUGAAGAGCGGGCCAAGCAUGACAAGCAGUUUGAUAGCCUUAAACCCACAGGAGGCUACAUUACAGGUGAUCAAGCACGUACCUUUUUUUUGCAAUCAGGUCUGCCAGCUUCAAUCCUUGCUGAAAUAUGGACACUCUCAGACCUGAACAAGGAUGGAAAAAUGGAUCAACAGGAGUUCUCUAUAGCCAUGAAACUCAUCAAGCUGAAAUUGCAAGGACAGCACUUGCCUGCGGUUCUCCCUCCUGUCAUGAAACAAACUCCAGUGUUUUCGCCACUAAUGUCAGCUCGCUUUGGAAUGGGUAGUAUGCCAAAUCUGUCCAUGCCAACGUCUAUGUCUACGAUCACACCGUUAGCUCCCAUGUCUCUGACCUCCAUGACUUCCAUUCCCCCUUUGGUUAUCUCUGCUCCCCUGGUGCCUUCUGUCAGUACCUCCUCGUUGCCAAAUGGAACAUCCAGCCUUCUGCAGCCUUUGUCCGUACCUUUCUCUUCAACACUGCCUCAUACUGGUUCUUUAGGUCCCAUGGCAGGCGGGUUCGGUGGUACUAGUAUGCAGAAGGCACAGUCACUAAUCGAUUUAGGAUCUAGCAGUUCAAAUUCUUCCUCGAGUGCUUCACUAGCUGGGAAUUCACCAAAGAUUGUAUCCUCAGACUGGGCAGUUCCUCAGGCCUCCAGAUUAAAAUACAGACAGAAAUUUAACAGUCUUGAUAAAAGUAUGAGUGGAUAUUUAUCAGGAUUUCAAGCAAGGAAUGCCCUUCUGCAAUCAAACCUGUCACAGACUCAGUUGGCUACUAUUUGGUCACUAGCUGAUAUCGACGGAGAUGGACAGCUGAAAGCUGAUGAGUUUGUGUUAGCCAUGCACCUAACUGAUAUGGCCAAAGCUGGACAACCUCUGCCGCUAACUCUGCCUCUUGAACUGGUACCACCUUCGUUCAGGAGUGGAAAAUGUACUGAAAAUAUAAAUGGAACUCUGCCAUCUUACCAGCCUGUGCAAGAGGAGGAGCCACAGAAAAAACAGCCAGUGACAUUUGAGGACAAAAGGAAAGCCAACUAUGAGAGGGGGAAUAUGGAGCUGGAAAAACGCCGUCAGGUCCUGUUGGAGCAGCAGCAGAGAGAGGCUGAACGUAAGGCUCAGAAAGAAAGAGAAGAACAAGAGCGAAGAGAGAGGGAACGUCAAGAACAGGAACGGAAAAAACAACUUGAAAUGGAAAGGCAGCUGGAAAGACAACGAGAGUUGGAAAGACAAAGGGAAGAAGAAAGGAGGAAAGAAAUAGAAAGGCGGGAGGCAGCAAAGCAAGAACUUGAGCGCCAGCGACGAUUGGAAUGGGAGAGGAUUCGUCGCCAAGAACUUCUUAAUCAACGUAACAGGGAACAAGAAGAAAUUGUCAAGUUGACCUCUAAAAAGAAGAGCCUUAAUCUUGAAUUAGAAGCCCUGACGGACAAACAUCAGCAAAUCUCAGGCAGAUUGCAAGAUAUUCGAAGCAAAAAGCAAAUUCGAAAAACUGAACUGGAGGCUUUAGAUAAGAAAUGUGACCAAGGAAUCAUGGAAGUCCAGCAACUACAACAGCAGCUUCAGGAGUAUCAGAAUAAACUUACCUAUUUAGUUCCUGAAAAGCAAUUGUUAAGUGAAAGAAUUAAAAACGCUCAACUUGAAAACACUCAGAGUACAGGAAUCAGUUCAGUGCACAAAAAGUCCCUAGAAAAGGAAGAAUUAUGCCAAAGACUUAAGGAACAACUAGAUGCCCUUGAGAAAGAAACUGCUUCUAAACUUGCUGAAAUGGAUGCAUUUAACAGUCAGCUUAAGUGUGAGAAUAUGGAUGAUUCUGUUCUUCAGUGCCUUUUGUCUCUGCUAAGCUGUCUCAACAACCUCUUCCUCUUACUUAAGGACCUGAGAGAAAGUUACAGCAUGCAGCAAUUAGCCUUGGAGCAGCUCCACAGGAUCAAGCAGGACAAAAUAAGAGAGGUAGAAAAAAGAAGAGCUGAAUUUGCACAUAAAAAGCGAUUGGAAGAUGAGGCUGCAAGAAAAGCAAAACGGGAGAAGGAGAACCGAUGGCAGGAAAAUAUCCGACGGGAAGAGGAAGAGAAAAAGAAGCGACUGGAGGAAGAACGAAUGCAGGAAAAAGUUCAAGAAAAGCUGAAAGCUGAAGAAGCAUUUGCUCUGAUGAGAGAAAGGGAAAAUAAACAACAGUUUCAUGCGGAGGAGGAGAAAAAUAGACAAGCCGCGAUCUUGAGGGAAACAGAACAACAAAGGCAGAGGCAACUGGAAGAAGAUAAAAGAAAGCAAGAACAAAUUGCAAAAGAAGCUGAGGAGAGGCGUAAGCAGAACGAAGAAAUAAAGAAGAUAAAAGAAGUGAACAACUCUCAAGAGGUGGAGAAACGCAUUUCUAAAUUAAACAUAAAUGAGAAGCUUGCAGAUCUGUUGAAACCAACAGAAGGUAAAAGUCUUAAGCCACCCUGGAAAAAUGAAGGCAAUGCAGUUAGUGUCUCAGAGUCUAGGAAUUCAGUUGCCUUGGUAAAUUACAGAGCUCUAUAUCCGUUUGAAGCAAGGAAUCACGAUGAGAUGAGCUUUAAUACUGGGGAUAUAAUUCAGGUUGAUGAAAAAACUGUGGGAGAGCCUGGUUGGCUUUACGGGAGUUUUCAAGGACAUUUUGGUUGGUUUCCAUGCAAUUAUGUAGAAAAAAUACCAGAAGGAGAAAAAUCUUUAUCUCCUAAGAAGGCCUUACUUCCUCCUACAGUAUCUUUGUCUACUACCUCAGCUGCUUCAGAACCACUUUCAGCAAGCAAAUCUGCAGAAGAAUCUGAUUACCAAAACAUACCUUUUUCUAGCUUGAAUGUUAAUACAGCAUGGCAACAGAAAUCAGCUUUUACUCGCACUGUGUCCCCUGGAUCUGUUUCACCCAUCCAUGGACAGGGGCAGCCUGUUGAAAACUUAAAAGCACAAGCACUUUGCUCUUGGACUGCAAAAAAAGAUAACCACUUGAAUUUUUCAAAACAUGAUAUCAUUACUGUCCUGGAGCAGCAGGAAAACUGGUGGUUCGGAGAGGUACAUGGAGGAAGGGGUUGGUUUCCAAAAUCUUAUGUCAAGCUCUUACCUGGGAGUGAAAUCAAGAAAGAGGAACCAGAAGCUAUUUAUGCAGCUGUAAACAAAAAGCCUAAUACGCAGUCUUACGCAGCAGGAGAGGAGUAUGUUGCACUCUAUUCAUAUGCAAGUUCUGAGCCUGGUGACUUGACUUUCACGGAAGGGGAGGAAAUCCUAGUGACUCAGAAGGAAGGGGAAUGGUGGACUGGGAGCAUUGAUGGCAGAACUGGGAUCUUCCCCUCCAAUUACGUCAGACCAAAGGAUCAAGAAGCUUCUAGUAAUGCUGGCAAAACUGGAACAACAAAUAAGAAACCUGAAAUUGCUCAGGUUACUACUGCCUAUGCUGCAUCAGGAACUGAGCAGCUUAGUCUUGCUCCAGGACAGCUAAUACUUAUUCUGAAGAAAAAUGCUAGUGGAUGGUGGCAAGGAGAGUUGCAGGCAAGAGGGAAAAAGAGACAGAAAGGAUGGUUCCCUGCCAGCCAUGUGAAAUUACUGGGUCCGAGCAGUGAAAGAACCACAUCUGCUGCUCCCUCAGUGUGUCAAGUGAUAGCGAUGUAUGAUUACAUGGCAAACAAUGAAGAUGAGCUCAGUUUCUCCAAAGGGCAACUUAUUAAUGUACUGAGCAAAGAUGAUGCUGACUGGUGGCAAGGAGAAAUCAGUGGUGUGACAGGUCUCUUCCCCUCAAACUACGUGAAGAUGACCACAGAUUCUGAUCCAAGUCAGCAGUGACCCAAUGUUGUCUUCCAGUGUGAAAGCACCUCAGAGACCCACUAUCCAAGUUUGACUGUAGCGUGGAGGCAGGGUGGCCAGCCCUGCUCACAUAUCUCUGACACAGUCCUUUUGCUUCGUUUGAACGUUAGAUCCAGUCAAGAAAUUAGGUUUUUGUGGGUUUUCUUAUAAUCUACAGUUACAGUUUAUUUGUAAAAGCAGAAAGGAUAGUGGGUCUUUGUGUGGCUUUCACUGCUGUUCAUUCUUGUUUCCUUUAGUAUUUUUCUUUGGUAUUGAUAAUCGUAGAUCAUUAGCAUGCAUAUCAAGUUAUCAUUUGCGUGGUGGGAUUGCAGACACACAAAGACCCACUAUUUGCACAGUUUAUCUGAGCUGUUUUGAAUGGGCAGUUGUGUUCUUUUAAUGUUGUAAUGUACAUACUUUGCAGAAUUAAAAUGUUCGCUGAUUACUGUUCUAAUGGACUUGAUUUAAUCUCUUACAUAUUGAGCGUUUAAAAUUGGCAGCCUACAAGGCUCAUCCAGAAAACAAACCCUACCUGGCUCUGCUGCUCAUAGUCACUGUGAUUUACAAACAUGCUACAAGAUCUAAGGUUUAGAUCGGGUGCAGUCCAUCCAGCCUUUUAAUACCCUUUUCAACUGGGGAAAGAACUGUUAAGCAUAGAGUGGAGGAUAUUUUAAUUUUUUUCUUCCUUCACAGCAGUACUAUAGCAGGAAUUCAGGUUGUUCUGGCUCGAUACAUCCUAUCCCUAAACAACCUCCUUCCUUUAAAUACUUUAUUCCAAUAAUUCGUAUUUGCUUUCAGUUUUAGCAAACAGCAAACACAUACUAGUUACUGCAGUAAGUACUUACACAGCCUCUGUGCUACUAGAGCCUUUUCUUCAUUAAAUAGUUAGCGGUACUGAACAGUGUUUUUAUCUGGCUAUGCUCUGCAGUGACUUUAAGUACUAUCUGAAAGCUGCUGCUCUUCUUUCUGUUAAAUAAAUUAGCAGCCUAAUAUAGAGGUAACCUCAGUAAAGAGACAUUGCCAGAAAAAAAACACUAACAGACACCUGGAGCUGAAGGCAGAGCAUUUGGGUUUAAAAAUGGAACUGUGCUCCUGGUUAUUAGUUUGGGGGGAGGGAGGGACCAGGACUUCAGACUAUAACCCUGAUACCCCUUCAAAUAAAGGGAUUAACUUAAUAGCAGACUACUUGUCUGAUUAAAUACUUCUGUGCUCCUGUAACAACAGGAGGGAUCUAGUAGACACGGUAUUUAAUUUAGUUGGUUUCCUGAACUUGGUUACGAAACAGCAAAGGUCACUUAUGCAAUCAGAAAUGUUUACAAAACUCUGUUUGUUUACUCUCUCUCUCUCUCUCUAUAUAUAUAUAUAUAUAUAUGAAUGUUGUGAAGGUACUAUCAGGAAAAGGUUAGUCCAAUUGCAGAGAUUUAAAAGCCUUUCUCCAAAAUUUCUAUAGAAAGAGUGGGAUGUUAUGUGUUUAAUAUGCUUGAUCAAAUAAUGUGUAUAUGCCCUUUAGUUCAGAGAUUUAUCUUUUGUGCAAUACGGACUACAGCAAUGUGCCUACAUAAAACUACAAAUGGAUUUUUAUUCUGGAUGUAUUUUGUCUACACCAUUAUUUUGCUAUAGAAUGAAAUCAUGUUAUCGUAGGCAAAUAAUGUGCUAGAUAAUUCCUCAAGUAUUCUAGCUAACUUGAUUUCCUUAUGAAACUACAUUUUAAGUACUUCUACUAAAAUAUGCUAAUCACCCUGAAUUGCCUUCUCCGAAUUUCUGACUUUGAAAGCCUGUUCAAUACAGGCUGAAGUGUGUUGUGCUACAUCAAGCAGUCACUUACUGUGGUCUGAUAAUUAGAUGAUCUUAUAAAUUUUCCCAUUUCUAAAAGGCACUGUUAACCUGUGGGAUUUGAGCCAAACUGACUUGUUUGUCAGUGACAGCUUUCCUUGAAUGCCAAAUUCAUACUAACUGUCUUUGAAAAAAAUGAAAAACAACUUCACAUCCUAUCUGGGAUGUCCUAGGAAAUAGUUACACGGCAUUUUCCAAAACCAGCUGGCAUUCUACCCAUUUGUUAACUGGUAUAAUUGCCCAUUAGGGUAGUAUUAGGUAAAAGUUUCACACAAGUAGUGUGAAAUAUAUAGUUGGGUACAUAGAUAUGAGCAUUGAUAAGUAUUGAAACAGCUGCCCCUCAGUUAGAACUGAUGAGUAUUGAAAUGAAGCAUUUUGGCGUUUCACAGUUACCUUUCCAUGUUUCAGUGUUAUCCGAGCACACUCUAAAUUCUCUAACUGUAAUAACAAAGAUAAUAAUAUACCCUAAUAAUGCUGAUUGAAAGAGACGUAGUCUCUGCGUUCAGUAUUUAUCUCUGCUGCAAAAGCCUGCCUAACAGAGUUGAAGCACAAUCCCGAGAGCUCUGCUCUCCUUCCCACGCUGGUGCAGAGGGAAUUGUAUAAAUACAUCAGAUCAUUGAUAGGAAAGACUCUGCUGAGGAUGUAUUUAAGGCAAAAUUAUUUUAAAAUAAUGUUCUGUAUCACUGAAGAGGUGUAGCUAAUAGAAGCUGGGUUUAAAUCAGACUUUUUCUUUCAAAUAUGUUACUUUUUCUCUGGUUGUGUGCAAUCCAUCCCCUUGUUGAUAAAAGUCCAUAGAGUUGGGUUCGGUUGUCAUCCCAGCCAGCCGAGUAAAACUAGCAUUGAUGCGUUCAUCCCUUAUUUGGAUGAAAAAGGUUGGCUUUGGAACUAAAGACAAGGUGGAAAAUAGUUAUUUGUUGAACUGGUGGUCCCCAGUGAAGAGCUGAGAGUCUAAAGGUUGCUCAGAGCCACACAAGGUUAACAGUUAAAACUGAAGCGAACCAGGAAAGCAAAUUAUGACGCUGCCUGCAGCGUAGUACUUGCUUAAUAUUGUUUCCUUUGGGCCAGCAGAGAAUAGGGGCCAUGGUGUAAUUGGGGGUAAGAACGUAAACGAUGCUGUAAAUGCACGAGACCAGGUACUGAAACACUUCCUAAUUUUGUAACUGUCUAGUUUGCAUAACAGACUAACAACCUACAAAAGUGUAGUUUUACAAAAGCUUAGUUACAGAGCCGAGUUCCCGAUCCAGCAAUCGGAUCCCUGCAGGAAAGUCUUGUGCCACCACUGAGACCCAUUUGCGGGGCUGGGGUGCGUGAGUAGUCGGUGCUCAUGAUGGGCUGUGAAAGCAUACAAAGCGCUAUCGUAAUGUCAGCGUUACUAAUGUUACAGUUAGGAGUGCAGAAGGCAUAAAGCUCCAUCAAAAAACUUACACGCUAAUAAUUGAAACGUCUCCUACCAGUCACUGAAUAUUUGUGUCAUCUCGAUGCUUGGUCAGAUUGUAUCCCUGUGUGAUUUUCUUGAGUCAGGUUGAAAACACCUGUAAAUAAGUCUGCUCGUAGGAAUGCCGACAAACCUUGGCCUGUAGUAGUGUUGGGAGCUGCUACAGGGUCAUGCUACUUCAAUGUAAUGAACUAAUAAAACUGCUACGUAAUGGUGUGUGCUGCCUUAAAAUAUCUUUUGUUGUUCUUCUCAAGCUAGAGUAUUAAUGUUUGGGGAUGAUUGUUAAGACAUGCAAAUGCAGGCUAAGCUUAGCAUGAGGCAAUUGUUCAUCUUUGUUUUUAAACAAAGUUGUAAGAUAACUAUGCAAAUGUAUUUUAUUAAAGGGACACAUGAAC